AGUUGGGUGUCUCGAUGAAUACUAUCAACUGGUGCAAGUUGCUUUGAAAGGUAAGGUCUAGUUUUUGAGAAAGUAAGCGAUAGAAGAUUUCUGUGAUGUCACCAUUACGUCAUGAUGAAAAGGCUGCUUUAAACUAAUUUAUCAUUUUUAAAACCUUUAAUCCUUUCCUGACAUUGUGUGAAAAGCGCUURCAGAUUGAGUCAUUAAAUACGAAGUUGUAGCCGUUUCAAUGUGGCAAAACUACCCCCAGCCUCCUUAAAGAACUUUAAGCUAAGUUGACCCAUCCUUUCGUUGGAUCAUGAGAUCAUUGAGUUUCAGAACAUUGGCACAAAAUACAUUCAAAUCAUCAAUAGAGCCGUUCCAUAGGGAAUGAAUCUUCAUUAGUAGAAAUCUUGUACAGUCAGCGGAUACGAUUAMGGGCGCAGUUUUUAAUUUUUAACUUUACUGCGCAUGAGCACUAGAGUGUAAUUUUAUAAUUCAAAAUGGCGGACCAGAAGAGAGUACGUGAGGGAAAAGGUUAUUAUAGGCAAUUAGACCAGGCAAGCACGGGUGAAUUGCUUUGGGGAAGCAGCCAAAAGAAGAAAAAGAGAAUGAAAAAUACAGAUCCAAAGAUUUUUCCCGUGGAAAGAGUUGUUUCACGACGUAUUGAAGUUACAAAGACACAAUAUCUCAUAAAGUGGGCAGGAUACAGUGCCUAUGAAAAUUCUUGGUUAGACGAGGAUGAUCUGAGUGAUGAUCUKAUUAGGCAUGUAUUCGAAAAAUCAAACGACCUCACUCUUUUUGCUCCUUACUCAUAG